AUGUCAUUAGAUUUUAAAUAUAGAAUUAAGGAUUUUAAUAUCAAGAGGAUAUUGAAAAAACUUGAGUUGCUUUUUAAGUUUAGAACUCAAUCUGUUUAAUGUUAUAAAGUUUGAAUAAAAGAUAUAGUAGAGAUUCAUCAUAUAAUAUUUAUUGUUUCAUAUUAAGAAAAUAAAUAAUCAAUCUAAUUUGUUUAAAACUACUCUUCUAAUGAUGAAGAUUAAAGAUUUGAUUUUGAUUAGAUGAUUGAUAUUUUUAUAUUGCUAUUUCAAGAGGAUGUAAUCUUUAAUUAUUGUAGUUAAAUCCUAUUGGAUAAAAAAAUAUUUGAAGAAAAUUUUUCUUAUUUUUAUUCAGUAUUUUGCAAUAAUUUUGUAAGUCCAUCCAUAUAAAUGGUUGCAGGUAAAAAUAGAUUUCUAAUUGCAGUAGAAACACUUGAAAAUGACAUUUCAAUAAAUUUAUGCAAAACAUUUGUAUACAUCCUAUUUUAAUGA